UGCUGUACUGUGUGUGAUUUCAACGGAUAUAGGUAUGGGCUGCCGCGUGUUAUUAAUACGCAAUUGGUGCGAGUGGGCUGAGGUAUAAGGUUACCCGCACUUCCGUAUAACCGGGUGUGAACUCAACAUUCAGAAGUUUGUUUCCAUGGGAAGAAAACUCGUGUUAAGCGGAAACAUUCAUAGAGGCACCAGUUGCUGACAGAACUUAAGACACACAGCUCUCUUUUGUGAAAUAGAAUUCAGCCAUCCACUAUGGCAGCAAAUAAUGUUCCCAUGCCCAAUCAGAUUCCAAUGAUGCCAGUUCCAGAAAGACCCGCUGGCUGCCCCCCAGGACUUGAGUACCUAAUCCAGAUUGAUCAGGUCCUUGUUCAUCAGAAAAUCGAGUUAGUUGAAGCUAUAUUGGGCUGGGAGACGAAUAAUAAAUAUAUGGUGAAGAACAGCAUAGGCCAGCAGGUGUUCUAUGCAUCUGAAGAGAAUAACUGCUGUAACAGGCAGUUCUGUGGACCGAUGCGCUCCUUCGUCAUCCAUGUUCAGGAUAACAUGGGACAGGAAGUUAUGACACUCAUACGACCUCUGAAGUGUGCAAGCUGCUGUUGCCCCUGUUGCCUGCAAGAGCUCGAAAUCCAGUCUCCACCAGGCACCCCGAUUGGAUAUGUGAUCCAGGACUGGGAUCUGUGUCUUCCCAAGUUCACAGUACAGAACGAGAAGAGAGAAGGAGUUCUGAAGAUUGUGGGACCUUUCUGUUCUUUAAAAUGUUGCGCUGAUGUGAACUUUGAGGUGCUGUCCAUGGAUGAGUUAGCCAAGGUGGGAAGAAUCUCCAAACAGUGGACUGGUCUGAUGAGAGAAGCUUUCACUGAUGCAGACAAUUUCGGAAUCUGCUUUCCUUUGGACCUGGACGUGAAGAUCAAAGCUGCUCUUUUUGGAGCAUGCUUUCUCAUAGAUUUCAUGUUCUUUGAACAUAGUAAAUAAUGAAUAUACUGCUGGAUAUCAUGCACUGUUCUUCCUUGUAAUCCUCUAUUUUAAAUUCUUCACUUCUAGAUGUUAAUUAUCGAUUCCAAUAAUAAACAACAUAAGCACAUGUGAUAUCGAACAUGUUUUUUUAGAGAAUCAUAACAUUAUGAAUUGUACAGUAUUGUUACAUUACCACUAGGUGACAGCAGUUACUUUUUUACUGACAGUUCUUAAUACUAAAAUGUCAUCUUUGAAGCAUCUGCCAAAAUGAGUCAAGCUAAUUUUAUAUUAUAAACAUGGGUGUUAGAUACUGCUAAAGCAAAGAAAUUGUAUUUAAACAGAUACUGUUUAUCUUAUUCUUCAUUAGCCAAUUUGCAUUUUGAUCAUGUCUAUAGAUCUUCAUUCAUUCUAUGUAUAAAUGUUUUUAUGUCAUAGAUAUUUUUUCUAACACCACCUGCUUUCAAAAUUGUAUUUCUUUUAAAAAUGUGUUAGAAAAUGAUUGCUUACAGGUAAAAAGGUGAUGGUUGUUAUAUUAAGCUGUUACCAUAAACAUAAAAAUGCAAAAGAGA